UUUUUCAUCUCAAACGAAAAAAAGAAAAAAAAAUCAGACUACUACUAAUUUUCCCUGUCAUCGCCCCCCUCAGAUGUUUCUAUAUAAAGCUACCCAUGAAUAUGAUCACCACACCACCACCAUUAACUGCCAGAGCCACCACUAUUUUAACUGUCAAAAAGAUUUUAGUAUCAGAACCCACGCAUCACAUUCUUCUUGAUCCCAUAUCUUUACUUUUUUCUUUCUGCAAAGUUAUUAUGAAACUGCAAGGUAACUUAACCAAAGAGCAACAUCAACAACAGGCGGCAGCAGCAGUAGAGGAAGAAGAAGAAGAUAUGUGUGGAACCAUUGAAGUUGCCUCCUUCGUUGACCUCUCCCCGCCGGCGAUAUUGCCUCCGAUCGCCGGAGAUGAACUAAGUCUUAUUCCACCCUUAAACUUCUCCAUGGUCGAUAAUGGUAUCUUCAGGUCUGGUUUUCCAGAUUCCGUCAACUUCCCCUUUCUCCAAACUCUUCGUCUUCGCUCUAUCAUAUAUUUGUGUCCAGAGCCGUACCCAGACGCCAACACUGAGUUUCUUAAGUCCAAUGGGAUUAGGCUUUUUCAGUUCGAGAUUGAAGGCCAUAAGGAGCCUUUUGUAAACAUACCAGAAGAUAUGAUCCGUGAAGCACUCAAAGUUCUCCUUGAUAUCAGGAAUCAUCCUGUUUUAAUUCAUUGUAAACGUGGGAAGCACCGGACUGGUUGUCUUGUGGGAUGCUUUAGAAAAUUACAAAGGUGGUGCCUCACUUCUGUCUUUGAUGAGUACCAGCGUUUUGCAGCGGCCAAAGCUAGAGUUUCUGAUCAGAGGUUUAUGGAGUUGUUUGAUAUCUCUAGCUUGAAGCAUCUACCAAUGUCAUUUUCCUGCUUGAAGAGGUAGACACCCAAUUGUUUUUAAUAUCUUUUACUUUUUUCCAUUAGGGGGAUGAUAAUCUUAGGUCCUGCUCUCGAAUAAAUAAGAAAAGAUGAUGAGUUCCAGGAUUGCAUUUCAGCGGCAGCGGAAUUAUUCUUCUUUUUUCCUUCAAGAUAAUAAAAAAGCAUUCAUAUUGGCAGACUAUUGUUAAACAACAACGGUCUUUCCAUACAUGCAACCAUUGCCCUGAGUAGAUCCUUGCACAUUUCUUCUCGAAAUUCAAUAGUUAGUUUUAGCUUUAUGUAAAAGUUUUAAAUGAUGCUGAAUGGUCGGCAUGAUUGAAGUUUGCUGCUCUUCUCUGUUGAAUACUGGUUGAUUAGUAGAGAUUAUUAUUAUACAACCUAAUCAACCAACUGUUGGCUGUAGAAGAGGCAUGUAUGUUUUCAUCUUUAUAAUGUAAUUUGAUGGACUAGCGAACCCAUUUCGAAAUAGAGUUCCAUCUUCUGGUUCUGAUUGUGACAUU